AUGAUAAAUUUGUUGGGAACAAACCUAGAGCUUCUAUCCUUAAUCAUACGUGAUGUCAGUUUUCCCAUUAAGUUGCUUGUUGAGGCCCUUCAAGUUAACCAAACACUAACUUAUUUAGCCAUCCCUCUUCCACUUUUUGGAGAGCAGUAUAUUGUGUCAUUGGCCAAUAUGCUCCAAGUUAAUAAAACUUUGGCUGGAGUAACAGUUAUAUCAUAUGGCUUUGUCAAUGCACAAGGAGUGCAGCAACUUGCUGAUUCUCUAAUAGAUAACAAAACAAUAUAUGACUUAAUGUUUUGCGGAAACGCAUGGGGUGAUGACUCAGCCAGGAUCUUGGCAAGUUAUUUGAAAAAGAGUGAAAGCUUGAGUUCCUUCAGUCUAAAUUUUGGUGUCAUAGGUGAUGCAGGAGCCACAGCACUUGCAGAAGUUUUAAGGGCCAACAACACUUUAAACUGCUUGAACCUAAAUAGAAACCCAGGCAUUGGUAAUCCCAGUGUUAUGUCACUGUGUGAGGCUCUGAAAGUCAACACAACUCUUAAUUCCUUAAAUUUGUCUGAAACUGGUAUCAGUGAUGCUGGUGUUCUUUCUCUUGUGGAAGUUCUCAAAACCAAUACCAGCAGCCUAACCUCAUUGUUACUGUCAGAUAUCGAAAUAAGUCGUCAAAGUAUAAAGUCUAUUGCAGAAGUCUUGAGAGUCAACUCUACUUUGAAAAAGCUUAAAUUCAAAGGAAAUAAGGUUGGUGUUGGUGGAGCAAAGUUGAUAGCUGAGAGCCUUAAAGCCAAUACAACCCUGAAACUUCUCAGUCUCUCAAGGAACAGCCUCAAAGCGCCUUGUGGCCAUUUAUUUUCUGAUGCCCUCAAAGUUAAUGGGACACUGGAAUCUCUGACUUUGGCAGAGAAUGACCUUGGUGCUCGUGAUGCCCAACUUCUAUCAGAAGGGCUGAGAGUGAAUACCUCACUUACACAUCUGGACCUGUCUGGGAAUUCCAUUGGUGAUAAAGGUGCAGAGUCAAUGGCAGGGACCAUCAGAGUUCAUGCUUCAUUGACUAGCAUAAAGCUAUCACAGAAUAGUAUUGGUGAUAUUGGAGCCAACAAAGUCUCUGAAGCUCUUAAAGAUAAUGUCUCUUUGGAGGACCUGGAUUUGUCAAUUAAUGCCAUUGGUGCUGCUGGAGCUGAGUCUAUUGCUGAGGCCCUUAAAAUUAAUGCAACUCUGAAUGCUUUGGACCUUGAUUAUAAUGCCAUUGGCGAUAAUGGAGCCAAAUCACUUUGUGAGGCUCUUAAGACAAAUGCCACCUUGACCAGCCUAGGUGUUUCUCACAACAAUAUUCAUUCAGCUGGUGCUCAGGCAUUUUAUGAGCUCCAAGGACAUAAUAACACCUUAAAGAGUGUACAUAUGUUCAUGAACGAUAUUGAUGAUUUGAGUGAUCAUGGGGAUCAAGAAUUCAAUGAAAUCCCCAUGACAAGCGUGCCUUCUUUACCCAUUUUACAUGAUGUGUCACUGCGCUUUACUGAUCAAAGAAGCUUUGAUGUACUUGUUUCUAAAGAAUUUUUGAUGCUACCUCAACAGUGA